AUGCAGCACAAGAAGAUCGCUUCCAGCUUCAUGGCUGCUCUGGCUGCCUAUGCCUCUGCUGCCGACUCAGAUGUUACCCAGCUGACCAAGGACACCUUUGACCAGUUCGUCAAGGACAACAACCUCGUCCUUGCUGAGUUCUUCGCUCCCUGGUGCGGCCACUGCAAGGCUCUGGCUCCCGAGUACGAGGAGGCUGCUACUACCCUCAAGGAGAAGAACAUCAGACUCGCCAAGAUCGACUGUACUGAGGAGGCCGACCUCUGCAAGGACCAUGGCGUUGAGGGUUACCCCACCCUCAAGGUCUUCCGUGGCCUAGAGAACGUCACUCCAUACUCCGGCCAGCGCAAGGCUGCUGGUAUCACAUCCUACAUGGUUAAGCAGUCCCUCCCCGCUGUUUCCAUCCUCACAAAGGACACCCUCGAGGAGUUCAAGACCGCCGACAAGGUUGUCGUCGUUGCCUACCUCAACGCCGACGACAAGAGCUCUAACGAGACCUUCUCCAAGCUUGCUGAGGGUCUUCGUGACACAUACCUCUUCGGUGGCGUCAACGACGCUGCUGUUGCCGAGGCUGAGGGCGUUAAGGCCCCUGCCCUGGUUGUCUACAAGACCUUCGAUGAGGGCAAGAACACCUUCACCGAGAAGUUCGAGGAGGAGGCCAUUUCCUCUUUCAUUACCACCGCCGCCACCCCUCUCAUUGGCGAGGUCGGUCCUGAGACCUACGCCGGCUACAUGUCCGCUGGUAUCCCUCUCGCCUACAUAUUCGCCGAGACCCCCGAGGAGCGCAAGGAGCUUGGUGAUGCCCUCAAGCCCAUCGCUGAGAAGUUCAAGGGCAAGAUCAACUUCGCCACCAUUGACGCCAAGUCUUUCGGUGCCCACGCUGGUAACCUGAACCUCAAGACCGACAAGUUCCCCUCUUUCGCCAUCCAGGAGGUUGUCAAGAACCAGAAGUUCCCCUUCGACCAAGAGAAGGAGAUCACCCACGACAGCAUCGCCAAGUUCGUUGAGGAGUUCAGCGCUGGCAAGAUCGAGCCCAGCAUCAAGUCUGAGCCCAUCCCCGAGACCCAGGAGGGCCCCGUCACUGUCGUCGUCGCCAAGAACUACAACGAUGUCGUCCUCGAUGACACCAAGGAUGUUCUGGUUGAGUUCUACGCUCCUUGGUGCGGUCACUGCAAGGCUCUUGCCCCCAAGUACGACGACCUCGCUUCUCAGUACGCUGCCUCCGAGUUCAAGGAUAAGGUUGUCAUCGCCAAGGUUGAUGCCACUCAGAACGACGUCCCCGACGAGAUCCAGGGUUUCCCUACCAUCAAGCUCUUCCCUGCUGGCGGAAAGGAUGCCCCCAUCACUUACCAGGGUUCUCGCACCGUCGAGGACCUUGCCAACUUCAUCAAGGAGAACGGCAAGUACCAGGCUGAGAUCUCCAUCAAGGAGGAGGGCACUGAGGAGGCCGCCCCUGCUGCUAGCGAGGAGAAGCGAGAGGAGGCCAAGGAGGCUAAGGAGGCCAAGGAGGAGGACGUCCACGAUGAGUUGUAA